GCUAGACCCUGUGCACAGAUUGGAUCGUAUCGCGCGCGCGGGGUUAGCGGAGCGGGGACCAUGUUGGUUGGGCGCACCAAACAAACCAUCCGUCCCCACGAGGAAGCAAGUUGGAGAGGCUAGAUAGAUUAGAGGGAACGGCAGGUACGCCUACAGGGCUAUGAGCACGAUGCUGGAUUUAUAAACCCCUCCUUCCCUUCUAUCGUCUGCUUCGUUCCUUAUUUUCCCGGUCCUGUAUCAUCUCAUCGGCUUCCCCAUUCCCCCUCGACUACCCCUCCCGCCGGAAACCCCACCUCCCAUCACAACCAACAAGACAUCAUCAAGCAUGGCUCCCAUCGAAGAACCCCGCAAGCGUGUGGUCGACUCUGACAAAGUCUGGACCACACUCCUCACAAACAACAAGUACCUCCCGGGGCUGCUAACGCUCGAGCACUCACUCCGCGCUGUUGGCUCCGCGUACCCGCUCCUAGUCCUAUACACCGACACGCUGGAGGCCAGCGGGCACGAAGCGCUCGCGCGGCGCGGCAUCCCCACGCAGCGGAUCGAAUACCUGCUCCCUCUCGCCUCGAAGGACUACAGCAACGACACGCGCUUUUACGACUGCUGGUCGAAGCUGCAGCCGUUCGGGUUCACCGAGUACUCGCGCGUAGCCCAACUGGACAGCGACAUGCUAGUGCUCCAGAACAUGGACGAGCUAAUGGACAUCCCGCUCGACACCUCACCUGGGAGCACACGCCUAUUCGCCGCCGCGCAUGCGUGCGUGUGCAAUCCGCUCAAGCACCCGCACUAUCCCAAAGACUGGGUGCCCGAGAACUGCGCGUACACAUCGCAGCAUGCGACGCCGGACCUGGCAGCACAGACCGGGGCAGACCCGAAUUUCGGCUUGGGCAGCCUCAACGGCGGCCUGCAGGUCGUCGUGCCGUGUAUGGAUACGUACCGCACCAUCAUCUCGGCGAUCUCGGAGCCGGAAAAGACGUCGGGCUACGAUUUUGCGGAUCAGAGCUUGCUGGGCGAUGCGUUUGCGGGAAGAUGGGCCCCGCUAAGCUAUAGGUACAACGCGCUCAAGACGUUGAGGUGGUGUCAUAAGGAGAUUUGGAGGGAUGACGAGGUUAAGAAUGUUCACUACAUUCUAGCCCCGAAGCCCUGGGAGAAUAGGGAGAGUGACGAUGAGACCCAUAAGUGGUGGUGGAGGGCUAAUGAGCAGAGGGUGUUGGAGGAGAAGGCAAAGGGCAUUGCAGACGGGUGGUAGAUGCGAACGAGAUACCUAAUAUACCUUACGAACCAAGUUUGCUUGGGGGUUGUGCGAGUGAUAAGUAGAGUAAUGACCGCGUCUCAUGCAAUAAAUCAUUGGUCUGCCGUCCGAGUGUGCCGAAACCUAGGGUAAUGGCAACGGAGAGAAAGAAGGAG